AUGGCUUCACAAAACCAAGACCCGACUGCAGUUAAUCCCGCAUGUGGUGACCCUGGUAUAUCUGCCUUUCCUGAUGGUGAUAAUUUGUUCAGAUGGAUUGGUACCAUCCAAGGUGGCCAAGGAACAGUGUAUGAAGGACUAAAAUAUAAGAUGGUUUUUGAGUUUCCAAGUGGAUACCCAUAUCAAGCUCCAACAGUGAAAUUUGACUCACCAUGUUAUCAUCCUAAUGUAGAUAGUCAUGGCAAUAUUUGUUUAGAUAUAUUAAAAGAGAAAUGGUCUGCUCUAUAUGAUGUUAGAACAGUUCUUUUGUCUGUACAGAGUUUAUUGGGAGAGCCAAAUAUUGACAGUCCUUUGAAUACUCAUGCAGCUGGGUUAUGGCAAAAUCAGACUUUGUACAAAAAACACCUGUUAGAGAAGUAUGAAAAAGAUGUUAGAUCCAAGCAAUCAACGUGA